UUUCCCAUCUUUCUUUUCGGCCCUUGCGCGCUUGGGAACAAGGUCGUGAAGAAAGGACUUAGUGUAGAACCGCCAUUUCCUUCGUCUUCUUUCUCCGCGCGUUUCGCGGAGCUGUCGACAGCGCCAUGUUGGCACAGAGCAUCCGGAGGUUCACAACCUCUGUGGUCCGUAGGAGCCAUUAUGAGGAGGGCCCAGGGAAGAAUUUGCCGUUUUCUGUGGAAAAUAAGUGGCGGUUACUAGCUAUGAUGACUGUGUACUUUGGAUCUGGAUUUGCUGCACCUUUCUUCAUUGUAAGACACCAAUUGCUUAAGAAGUAAAGAUGUUUUAAUUCAUCCUUUAACAGAUAUGAAAAGCAUUUUAAGAGGUGCAAUCUUUGAAAAAUGGAUCAAACUCUUGAACUCAUGGCAUACUAGAUAUGUUUGUAAAUAAACUUAAGAUAUGAAUA